GAGAUAGGAUCUUCAUAAUUAGCGACCAUGGAUCGAACCCGGAAGCAAUGUUUGGUACUUACGUAUGCGAAAUAUUGUAACAAGAAUAUACUCUUGUUUACAGUUGAACACGGCUGUAAGAAAAUCCGCUAUCACAAACAUUAAGUCAUCCAAUAAUUUAGUUGUUACUAACCAAAGGUUGGUGAAGACGGAUACUCUCUUCAAUCAAGAGUGAAAAGAGUCAAGUGGACCUUCCUUUGCGCUUGAAGCAAAAUAUGAAGCCAAGUUCUAUAAUUGUGUUCUUGGUAUUGGCAAUGCUAACCAGUCAGGCAUUUUCCUGGUGGAGCUCAUCCAGAAGACGACGAGCUACAGUCCCCACAAGCUCUGGGUCAAGUCCUGCAGGGGGGCCGAGGGAAAACCCAAAUGCUGUGGUGUGUACCUCAUACAGAAGCAGUAAUUACAUCACAUGUAAAAAGGGUGGACGUUCGGAGACCUGUACCACACAACCACCCACAGAGACAAGAGAUGACCAAGAAGGAGGACCCACCCCUCGCGGAGAGUACCUUAUUGGCGAAAGGUACACACACUCAAUGGGAAUUGACUGGUACAAUCUGUACCCCAAGAAAGAGGACAACUCUGGUUACUAUGGCUACACACAACGCACUCAAAAAGGGCGCAAUACCAUGGGCCUGCAUCCUGGAACACGCAGCUUAGGCUGUGUUACAGUCAAUAAAAGUUGCUGGCAGAAGAUUCGCAGCAUCAUUGAGAGUGGGAGCAUGCAGUACCGUGAAUCGGGUUACAGUGGAUUUUUGUACGUGAAAUAAAUGAGCAAUCUGCUGGCUGUUAAAUUAGGACAAGCAGUGUAAGCAAAAGGCAUAUCUAAGGUAGAUGUAAUGCAUUAACUCUAUUAUGAUUAGGUAUUAAGUAUAAGGUGUGGUGUUAAGGUUGUUUAGUACAUACCUGGUUGUUGAUGUUAUUUUGACAGCAAUUUUAGCUAAGAUUUAUCAGCAUUUCCUCUACAAUUUUGUCGUAUGAGGGUAAGAAAUAUGCAAUGUCCCAAAAAGAUCUGUUGGGAAGGACUUCAGAGGGAAACCUUGUUGUGCUUUAUGAGUCAGAUGGCAUGCAAUCUGCUGUGAUUGCAGCAAAUUUAGAUGAAUCACAGACUGUGUAAAUGUAGCAAAAAUCGCUGUCAGUUUAAGGAAAGGAUUCAAAAUUGAAGCCUUUAAGGUAGUAUGUAAACAGCUUUUUAGAAAAUAAUUGGCCUUGAAGUGUAAAAAUGCAUAAAAGAAUAAACUAUUAAAGCAAGAGCAUUUUGAAUCAUGA